UUCUCUAAAAAUUUUUUUAGUUGUACCUCGAUUAAAUUUCAGCCAGUGUUUUUCGUUUGUUCGUCGAUUUUUUAAAUUAUAUGUUUUAAAAAGUGACUGAUGGAUAAAAGUAGAAGGAAACACAGACCCAAUCCCAAGCUUAGCGCCAAUAUUUUCGGCAAAGUCUUCUUUUGGUGGUUGUGGCCAAUAUUUGCUGUGGGAAAAAAGAGCGGGAGCAUAGAGACGGAAGAUCUCUAUCAAGUCUUACCGGAAAAUCUCAGCGAAACGAACACCAAUGCUUUAGAAAAGACGAUUGAGCCAACAGUUGUGGGUCUUCUUAUUUGGCAUUACGACCAAAAAUCACCCACAAGUACAAAUCUGGUUUACAUCCACGCAACGAUUUUUAUCGCAAAUGCAAUCGUUAACCAAAUUAUAUACAACCAUAUGUUCAUGAACACUCGGAGCAUCGGCAUGAGCGCCAGGGUAGCCUGCACCUCGCUUAUUUACCGAAAGAUAUUGAAAAUGUCACAUGCCGAGCAACAAGAGCACGGUGGACGCAUAAUCAAUCUGCUGUCAAACGAUGCGGCUAGAUUGGAGCAAUUUUUCUUGUUUCUUCACUCGCUGUGGGUGUUUCCCCUACAAACGGCUCUGUUCGUAUGUCUGAUUUGGCACCACGUGGGAGUCGCGUCCUUGGCAGGCAUUGGUCUUCUGAUGAGCCUCACCAUUCCGGUGUUUGUGCUUAGUGGCAGAGUGAUGUACCGAUUUCGCAGAAAAGUGGCGACGAAAACGGACGACCGGGUGAUGCUGUUGGGCGAGGUCGUGCGUGGGAUUCGCGUCAUCAAGAUGUACACGUGGGAGAAGCCCUUCGAGCAGCUAGUUUUUCUCGCCAGAAGAUUCGAGAUGGACGUGAUUUCCAAUGCCUCCCAUUUGAAAAACUUCUUGUUCGCCGUAUCGUCCUUCUCUAAACGCUUGCCAUUAUACGUUACAAUUAUUGUCUACGUGCUUUUGGGAAACGCACUUCCGGCUAACACGAUGUUUAUACUGAUAAUAUACUUCAACUCGCUGCACAUACUAAUAGGUUCGUCCUUUUUGCGAAGUGUUACGCUCACUUCGGAAGGUUUAGCUGCAAUGAAAAGAAUAAAGGAAUUUUUGGUUCUCGAGGAGCGAACCUCUAGUGUACAAUAUUUGCAAUCAGAAAAGGAGGAGUCAAUAGUUGCGAUCAAAGAUGUAAGCGUUGCCUCGGUUGAGGAUCCCAAGAUUGAUGUCUUGCAUGAUAUCAGCAUCAAUGUGAAACGGAGAUCAUUGACCGCCAUCGUGGGAGCCGUUGGCGCAGGAAAGAGUUUACUCCUGAAACUGUUGUUGGACGAAGCGCGACCGUCGAAAGGUGGGAUUCGCGUGUUUGGGGACGUGUCGUACGCGAGUCAGGAGCCAUGGCUUUUCAAGGGAACCAUCAGGGAAAACAUCAUAUUUGGCGGUGUAUACGAUGCGGACAAGUACCGGAGGGUCGUGGAAGCGUGUGCUCUGUCGGAGGACUUGAAGCAAUUGGCUCGAGGAGACGGAACCGUAGUUGGGGAAAGCGGGGCGACCCUCAGUGGUGGGCAAUGCACUAGAGUCAACUUGGCCAGAGCAGUUUACAGAGACGCCGAUGUUUACUUGUUGGACGACCCUUUGUCGGCUGUUGACGGCAGAGUAGGCAAACGACUGUUGGAGGAUUGUAUCAAUGGAUUAUUGGCAAAUAAGACUCGGGUGUUGAUUACGCAUCAAGUGCAGUUUUUGAAGGAAUCGGAUGAAAUCAUCGUUAUGGAUAAGGGAUGCGUAAAAUAUCAAGGAAACUUCACUGAUUUCCAGAAGACUGAGAAUCUUUCAAAUUAUUUGAACAUCGAUGAUAAUUUAGUCGAUCCGAAUUCCGAAAGGUUGAAGUCGAACGAAAAUGGCUGUUUGGGUCAAAUAAAAAAUGUCAUCAAAGAUGACGAAAACGGUUGUUUCGAAGAAACGCACAAAUUAUUGUGUAUCAAGGAACAAGUAAUUAGCCCCCAAAAAAGCGUUAAUUGCGAAAAAGAACACGAGAUGAAGCUACGAAAAUGCUUGUAUUGGAAAUAUUUCACUUCUUGCGGUUCCUAUGCGUUACCUUUUUUCACAUUCAUGGUCUUCGCAUUUGCUCAACUGUUGAUAAGUGGUUCGGAUUACUUUGUGGCCUAUUGGUCCAAGCAUCAAACGGUGUACACCCAUGAGGAUUCCAAUUUGCACCGAAACGCUUUGUAUUUUCAUAGCAAUGAUUCAAACUCCAAUAGUUCAUACGUAUCUCAAAUUAACAGUUCGAAAGAGUCGGAAUUCUUGUGUCCGCAAAAUGUCACUUUCAUUCUUGCAUUUUUCACGUUGUCCAUCAUCGUAAUGUGCAUAGCAAAAACGUCUCUGUGUACCAUUGUUUUGAAUAAAUGCAACGAAAACAUUCAUCGCCUAAUGACUACGUCUUUGCUAAGAGCAAAAGUCAUAUUUUUCGAAGAAAACGAUUCUGGCAGAAUUCUCAAUAGAUUUUCGAAAGACAUGGGCUCCGUGGACGAAAGAUUACGAGCCCUUAUAGUCGAAGCCGCUGAGUACUUUUUCGUCAUCAUUGGGAUAAUAACGCAAAUCAUCAUCAUCAACUACUUGUCCGUCAUAUUCGUCUUCUUCAUGGGAUAUAUAUUUUACAAAGGGAGGACAGUCGUCAUUAAAACUACGAAAGACAUCAUGAGACUAGACGGAGAAACCAAGAGUCCAGUUUUCUACCACGUUAAUUCAACUCUUGCUGGUAGAUCGACGAUUCGCGCGUGUCAGGCUCAAUCGGUGGUCACGAAAAAUUUCGAUGACCUUCAAGACAAUCAUACAGCUGCCGCAGGACUUUGCCAGUACUCCCUCAUAGCUUACAGUUUUUGGUUGGACUGCGUAACUUUGUCAUUCAUGAGCGUCGUGGUUUAUGGCCUGUUGCUUUUGAAAAACGACCAAAGCAGUGGCGCUGACGUGGGCCUCGCCAUCACGCAACUGAUAACUCUCACUGGAAUAAUGGCUAGAGGGAUCAAGUUAACCGGAGACUUGGACACUUUCAUGGUUUCGACCGAGAGAUUAUUUCAAUACACCGAAAUUGAACGAGAAGAUCAGCAUGAAGCUCACCAGCCACCACCACCCGUUUCCUGGCCACACGAAGGAGCAAUUGAAUUUAAAGAUGUAUCCCUUCGGUACUACCAAAGCGACACGAUCAUUUUGAAAAAUUUGAACUUUACCAUUGAAGCAGGGGAUAAGGUUCUUAUCAUUGGCCGAACGGGAUCGGGAAAGUCAUCUCUGGUAUCGGCAUUGUUCCGUUUGGCCAGAGUCGAGGGUUCCAUAGCCAUCGACAGCGUGGACACACGGGCGGUUGGGCUCAGGCACUUGCGCAACAAGAUCUCGAUACUCCCCCAAGAACCGGUGCUGUUUCCCGUCACUUUGAGGAAGAAUCUGGACCCUUUGCAGGAGUUGGACGACGCGGUUCUCUGGUCCACUUUGCGGGACGUUGAGCUGCACAAAGCCUUUGCGUCUCUGGACGCGACGGUGGACCAGUUGAGCGCCGGUCAGCGGCAGUUGGUGUGCCUGGCCCGAGUCAUUCUCCAGAGGAGGAAAAUUGUGGUGCUCGACGAAGUCACGGCAAACAUUGACGACAACACCGACGCGCUCAUUCGGAAGACCAUCAGAGAGAAAUUCAAGGAUUGCACUGUCCUGAUGAUAUCCCACAGGUUGAACGCGAUCAAGGAUGUGGACAAGGUCCUCGUCAUGGAUAACGGCAGAGUAGUCGAGUACGACCAGCCUCAAGUUUUAUUGCAGAAUAAUCAUGGGUACUUUUCGAAGAACAAAUGUCAAACGGUCCUUCCGCGUGAAAGUUCAAACAUCAGCAGCAACUUUUCGAGCUUACAUCAACAUACCACUACAAAAGAGUCUCUAGGGUUACCUACAGAAAUUGUUGUUUACGUCCUUGCGUCUUUCACUCUGUUCAUUGUUGUUAUGUCUGUUGUAAAAACAGCCUUAUCUACUGUUGUUUUAAACAGAUGCAAUGAAAGGCUUCACAAUAGUAUGGUAACUUCCUUGAUGGAAGCAAAAAUGAAAUUUUACGAAGAAAACGAUUCUGGAAGGAUUCUCAAUAGAUUUUCUAAAGACAUGGGAUCCGUGGAUGAAAAAUUACAAGCGAUGUUCAUUGAGUCGUGGUUGUCUUGGUGGGAUAUUUACUUUACAUAG